UAUCAUCGUGUCCCGCGUGUUUCAAACUCACAAUAAAGAACAUCCAAGAGUUGUUCUACGAGUUACUUCGAAUACGUCCAAAAGUCUGGUGGAUGAAGCCAACGAUAAUUCUUAGCCGAGGCUUGUUUUCCAGUACUCCGUAUCAGAGAAAGAGAUUGUAUGUCUCGAGCCUGAGUCAGCAAUCAAGGCGGAUCGAUUCUUUGGACGCCUUACUUACACCGCGGGGGAGUCGGAAAAUUGAACCGGGGAAAAGAGGCUUGACCGCGCCGGAUGUCGAGCGCGCCGUCGACGAUUGAACGUGAACAACAAGAUGGUCUCGAUGGUCGACAAUCGUUGAGUGGCAGACGACGCUCUCCGACCAAGGAGGUCGAGGUCAACAACGAUUCCGGUCGAGGACAACAGCCGUACCGGUCCAGUUCGUCUGGAUCCUCCGAGCACGUGCCCGCCGCGACGACGGCCGACGACGAUGGGCAUCCUGUCGCCAUGGAGAGGAUCCGCACCGAGCAGGACGAACCGACACGGGACGGGCAGCAGAUGCACGCCCAGCGGACGACGACCAACGCCUCGGCCGCCGGACCGGUCUACUCGGUCUUCACCAAGAACCAGAAGAGGUUCAUCGUCUUCAUAGCCUCGUGGGCCGGCUUCUUCUCACCGGUCUCGGGCCAGAUCUACUUCCCCGCCCUCGUGCCGCUGGCCAGGGAUCUCAAUGUCUCGGACUCUCUUAUCAAUCUGACUCUGACAUCGUACAUGAUAUUUCAAGGCCUCGCUCCGACGCUCGUCGGGGACUUUGCAGACGCCGCCGGACGGCGUCCUGCGUAUGCCGUCUGCUUCGUCGUCUACAUCGUCGCGAACAUCGCUCUGGCGCUCCAGAACAGCUACGCGGCUCUGUUCGUACUGCGGUGCAUACAGAGCACAGGCAGUGGGGCGACCAUCGCAAUGUGUAGCGCCGUCGUGUCUGACGUCGCCACGCCGGCCGAGCGUGGGAAGUACAUGGGCUUCACCCUCGCAGGAUCCCUGCUGGGACCGGCGAUAGGCCCUGUCGUCGGUGGCCUCCUGGCGGAGUUUCUGGGCUGGAGGGCAAUUUUCUGGUUCUUGACAAUCAUGGGCGCCGCUUUCCUGAUCGUCUUUGGGAUUUUCUUCCCCGAAACAGCACGGAAUCAAGUCGGCAAUGGCUCGAUACCACCCAAGGGGUGGAGUAUGUCGCUGAUGAACUACCUCGCCAUCAGAAAAGCACGCAAUAUGCGGUCGGAGGAUUACAUGUCUACGACGGAUGAGGCAGAGACGAUGGCGACACAGAGGCAGAAAUUCCGCUUUCCCAACCCAUUACGCUCGAUGGUCUUGAUCCUCGACAAGGAAAAUUUCCUGUUGCUGUUUUACAACGCGUUCCUGUUUGCAGCAUUCUACGACGUCACAGCCGCCAUACCCUCUCAGUUCGAGCAGAUUUACAAUUUCAGCGUUUUGCAAAUCGGUCUGUGCUACAUCCCGAUGGGUGUGGGUUCGAUGUGCGCAGCCUUGGUAAAUGGACAACUUCUCGAUCGCAAUUUCGCGCGGUGGUGCAGGAGACUAGGAGUCGCGAUCAAGAAAGGCCGUGACCAGGACUUGUCCAAUUUUCCCAUUGAAAGGGUGAGACUACAGGUGGCGAUGCCCGCGGUCUACUCUACUGCGGUCCUGGUGUGCUUGUUUGGCUGGAUCAUGCAGAUCAAUGGACCCCUGGCGGCGAUGGUGGUCGUGCUGUUCUUCAUGAGUCUCAGCAUGGGCAUUGCGUUCAAUGUGACGAGUACUCUGUUGAUCGACUUUUACCCGAAAAGUCCGGCAACGGCAACAGCUGCGAACAAUGUCGUCCGAUGCCUUUUGGGUGCUGGGGCGACGGCUGCGGUGAUCCCGAUGAUCAAUGCCUGGGGAAGGGGUUGGACUUUCACCUUUCUCACUCUGUUUCUAGUCGCCACGAGCCCCAUGCUUUGGGUUGUGUACUUUUUGGGCCCGAAGUGGAGAAAGCAAAGGCUAGAGCGAGAGCGGAGCGCGAAGAGGGAAAAGGAGGAGAAAGCCAGAAAGGAAGGCCAAGUAGAGAAUGGAGAGAACAAUCGAUUCGAAAAGGCGCCGGUUCAGGGGGAUCUCCCAGAGAUGGUUGGCGUGGUUGGGAAGGAGAAAGGGAUGGAGAGAACCAAGGAGACACAACCAAAGGAAGGAGAUACUGAACGUGACGGUAACGAUGCGACGAUUUUGAGAACCUUAUCGUACGAGUCUGGUCUCGGAGUUUAGGAGAACUCUUUCUGGACCAUUUACUUCUCGACGAGGUGAAUACGGAACAACAGCAACGAAAAGGGACGACGGCAUGCUGGUCUCUACAUAGCAAGAUGAACCCCUUCGAUACAACGAAUUCUCGAAUAUGUUGUGAAAAGAAGGGCCAGCAAAGAGGCUGAGAGAUGCGUCGACGUUCUGGUCUGGACGGCAUAUCGGUUUACAGGAUGAUGGCCGCAUGUCUCUGUCGCAGCUGCCCAUCCCUUUUCCGAUCAUGUCGAAUCUUCCAAGCUCGCUGGCAAUACUCUCGAGUCAGUGAGUAUCUUGUUUCAACCUGCAACUGUUCUUCGCCAACAGGUUUCAGGAACGAAGACGAGAAGGAGCCUAUUUACUGGCAGAGCUUCGCAGCGGUGAAGCCGCGGAGCCGAACCAACAGGAAUGCGUCCGGCAACGGAUCCGGCAAUAAAAUGCCUCUAGAGGUUUCUUUUUGGCUCCCAGUUGAUCAGCAGGGGAGCCGCUUAUGGACUGGGUCUAUGCUGUUGUGCGUUGGUUCCAUAUCUCAUCCACUGUUGGCCUAUCUCCAUUCGUCACUCGGGGCUUGUAUGACUGCUUUAUGGGACGGAUAGACAAUCGGGACGAUAUCACCAAGGACAGACGAACACUUCAUCGCUGAGGCAAAACGAAGAUUUCAUUGGUCAGAAUCUUCCUUCGAGCGGUAUCUCGGAGGUGGAUAUAUUAUGUACGGUUUAGAAGCAAUACAGUACACAUACAACGACCAAGGACAUGGGAUGACGAAACCAUGGCAAGCUACCAAGUACCA